AGCUAGGACCUUCUUCGCCACCACAUGUUCACAAGCGGACGAGAAUAUUCAGACAAGCGCACAAACACCUCAGCCCCUCCCCUGUAUCAGCUCAUGGAUGUCAUGCAACACCGUAUGAAAGAAGGUUCAUCUUGGGCAAUCAAGAAAUCUCAUACGGUUCUACCUGCUGACCCUCCAGAGACAAGUUCGAUAUCUGACGGACCAUACAAUAAUGAGGCUGUCUCGGACCUCGAAUGGAUGCAACGUCGAGGCUUUAGCCAGCAUCGAUGCAGCAGAGGGCUUACUAUCUCAAGCCAUCAAGGAGAAGGGCAUCUCGCAGUUCGCAGAUCUUCGAGGCCACAUUCGGCCCUCUGAAGAAAUAUUCGACCCACCCUUACGUACUCUUAUCCCCUCAUAAUGUGACGGAGCUUGUGCUUGGGCAGAAGCUGCAGAGCCUUGGGGUUCGAGUGCAGCGCCCACACAGGGUUGUUGGCAGGAAACAGAACGAAGAGGAUUGUCCUGUCACCGACGUCUCGUUCAAGGAUGGCCAAAUAGUCAGAGCCAGGUAUAUCAUCGGUGCAGAUGGCGCCCGCUCAACCAUCCGUACCAUCACCGGCAUAGGGUUCUCUGACCCAGAAGGCCCCAACUUAGGCAAUCAUGUACUGACUCAAAUGGCCAGUGCAGAUGUUACGUUCGAGCCCGAACCUGUCUAUCUAUCGACCAUCGAGGGCCACAUCAAUAUCAUAAUUUCCUCAGAUGGUUUCCUGAUGCUCACACCGUUCGACAACCACUUUAAUUCCGAGCUGACGCGUGAUGGAAAGCCCGUUACAAAAUUCAUCUUCCGUAUAAUUUCUGCCGUACCAGUGAAGAACGGAGACCCGCCCCAUGCACCACCGAAGGAGUACAUCUAGAAAUUGAUCGACAUGUACGGCCCAGCGUAUAUAACAUCGAAUUCGUCCCUCAACCCGACACCCGUCAAGGUCGACCAGCUGGUCUGGUCGACACGUUUCAGAACCCAUUCAGCUGUCGCUGACCGCACGUUCACGCUUCUUGGUGCUGCUAUUUUCCUAGUCGGUGAUGCCGCUCACAUACAUUCGCCUGCAGGGGGCCAGGGCAUGAACCUGGCCAUCAGGGAC